AUGGCGAGAAUGGAAGCUUAUGAUCAUGUGGAUGCAAACACUGUUGGGAUGGUAGCCGAGGGUAAAAGGGACUCUACUGUUGUUGUUGGGGGCGCAGCAAACUUGGUGACAAUUUGGAUUAUUUCACGAAGAAAAUGCGGCCUUUCCAAGUGUGUCACUGUUUACAUGUUGGCCAUGGCAACAACAGAUCUACUGGUCCUGAUAAACAAUGUGGUACUCUAUUAUAUCCUCAGUUACCAUUUUCCUUGGUCAUUCUUGUUCCAUACUGCGCUUUGCAGAGUCAUUAUGUACCUGACUGCUGUCACUACUGAUUUGUCUGUUUGGUGCGUUAUCUGUUUCACAUUUGACCGAUUUGUCCUGAUCUGCUGCCGGAAGAUCCAAACAAAGUAUUGCACCAGAAGAACUUCAAUCAAGCUGGUGAUAACCAUCGCGGUUGUGAUUGUCUUGAAGGAAAUACCAGUAUUGUUUGCUUAUGAACCUGAACAAAUUAUAAACAAAGUGCAGUGGGGCUGCCGAUCAAGUGAAGCUUUUUUUUCAUCUUCUGCGGGUACAGGUUAUGUCUGGUUUUACAGCGCCUGCGUCUUUUGGGUUCCCUUUUCUCUAAUUGUCUUGUGCAAUGCAUUAAUUAUCAAACGUAUUGUACUGGCGAAUAGAGCCCGCAAUGGACUCCGGAGCUGCAAGAUUGGGAAUGAAAGCGACUCAGAAAUGGAGAACCGCAGAAAGUCCAUCAUUUUAUUAUUCUCCAUCACCGUUAGUUUCCUUUUGCUCUGCUUGCCAUAUGCCGUGGCUUUAGGCGUUACAAAACUGGCAAGCACCAUUUAUGUCCGAGGGAAGUUCACAGACCCCGAAUUAAUUGCCAUGGAAUCGGCAGAUAUCUUGUGGUAUUUUAGUUGUUUACUAAACCCUUGCAUUUAUGCAGCGACCCAGAGCAAAUUCAGAGCGGAACUGAAAAAUAUGGCAAAAUGCCAAUGGGUUUUAUUCUGGAAAUCGGCUGGACAGAUGUCUGCAAAGUAG